ACCGCUCCCUUCACAACUGCAGCUCAGUUAAGAGGGAAACCAUGGCUAAGGUUGGACUCCUUCAUUUGGCAGCUUGCUGCAUCAUUGCUGUGGGGUUUGUUGAAAGUAAAGAGCCAUGCAAGCCGCCACCACUAACAAGUGGGCAACUUUGGGUGACUGCUGCUAAAGGGAUGCAAGCAGGAGGAGGCCAAUUCAGCUAUGACUCUCCAGGGAAACGACUCCGAUUCGCAGACACCGAGGCACUGAAGAGGGCCAAAUAUCUAGAUGUCCUGUUUCUGUUUGAAGAGGGCAUUUUCUAUGAGAUCGACAAGAAAUCCAGCACUUGCAAGAAAAGGCCUUUACAAUCAACGCUUCAACCUAUGGAGAUCCAACCAAACAUGACAGACUUUGGAAACAUGUACCUGGGCAGCAAGGUGGACAGUGGACAGGGCCUCAACAUGAACAACUGGGUGAUGAUGGUACCGCAACUUGGUCCCUUUACAGUCACUGUAAGCCCUGUUGGCUGCCUCACACUUAGUUCUGUGCUGUUCACUCAGUCAAAGGACCUGCUGAUGUUUAGUUUUCUUGAGGUUGUUAAAGAAGUGAAGGACCCACAGGUGUUUGUGCCUCCAACAUUCUGUGAUGGUGUGCCUUUGGAACCAGAAGGAAAUACCCUUUUCGGGGUCUUCUUAAACCAAGUAUAAAUACAUAAUUCCAGUUUGGUUCACAGAAUGUUUGCAGUGGGCUAAAUCAGUGUAAUAGCUUUGAGUGAAACAUUUCAUACUAAUUGCUAAUGCAAAUAAAUACAAUAUGCAUUAUGUUUAUAUAUACAUACAUAUCAAGCAGCACUGCCUGAUACAACAAUCUAGCACAGUUAAGUCUUUAUCUACUGUACCACAUUGUUAAUAGAACUAGAUGUACCGAAAAGCGGCACAAAAUAUGACCGCCACUCAGUCCUGCACAUUCUCUCCGCAUAAAAUAAAUCUCUCCAUCUCCUACUCUUCCAACGUUUGUGUAAGUGAAUGUGUGAUUGCAUGUGUGGUUUACUUUUGUGUAUCUAUGUGCUUCUCUGUGUAUGUUCACUUGUGAGUGUGUGUGUGUGUGUGUGGGUAAUGCUGUGUGUGUUCGUGUUUUUGUUUGUGUGUUUGUGUGUGCAUGUGUGUGUAUGUGCGUGUCUUCUUGCCUGCAUGCAUGUGUGUAGUUUAUGUGUUUAUGCAUGUGUGUAUUCACUUGUGAGUGUGGGCUGGGGUAAUAGCGUGUGUGUGUGUGUGUGUGUGUGCGUGUGCGUGUGCGUGUGCGUGUGUGUCAGUCUCUGCGUGCGUGCCUGUGUGUGCAUGUGCAUGUGCGUGCGUGCGGACAUUUUUAACAAGUGAGCAACCCAAUAAUAAAGAUCUCAUCAUAAGAUCCCAUAGGCUCCUUGGUAAAAUGUUUGCCUAUCAAAACACUUCUUAAUGCCACCAUGUGAAAAUGCUAAGCAUCUGUUAGAGAAUAAAAGAGUAGCUUAUGCAAACCCUGAUAAUCACUUUGGUUCC